ACGAUGCGACCUACCUGCGUCGGACAGAUGAAGAUCGCCGCUCCGGUCGGCGGCGAGGACAGGGAGCGAGCAGGUGACUUGACAGAGGAAUCUCUUUCUGAGAUUGAUGUGAUUGCACCUAUUAAGAUUCUUCAGCAAAUAUUGAAGACACCUCACUCGAAAUCUCGGGUCUCAAUAGCUGUUCAGCGAUCUGGAUAUACUGUUGUCUUAAAUCCCGGGCCUGGUGUUCAAGAGAGUGAGAAACUCAUUGGGAAACGUAAGAAUGUAUUGGGCGUUAGCUUUCAGAACUACGCUGAGGCAAGCUUAGGCUUGUCACCUGUUCGCCAACAGGUUUCAACAUUAUCGUGGCUUAAAGCUUGGCUUGAUAAUGUAAUGGCCAGUGUACCCGAGCUAGCAAUUUGCAACCAUUUGAACGGUGUUGUCCAAGGGUAUGAGCUUCUACCAGAUGGAAUCUCUGGGGUCGUUGACCCUAAUGUUGUUCAGCAAAACUGCCUUGCAGUUCUACGGUUUCUUCAAUCAAAUUGCAAAGAGGAUCCUGGUGUUUACUGGCUCUACAAAGCCGCUGGUGAAGAUGUUAUUCAACUCUUUGAUCUUUCCACUAUUUCAAAGAACCAUUCCUCAAGCGCAAGCUCAUUCCCACUGGUUGUUCGAGCAUGUGCACACGAGCAAUUUGCAAGGUUCAUUUUGAAUAAUGAAGAGGAGUUUGAUUUAACUGCUGAGGCUAAUAAUGUGCAACGUAAAUUCAAAGUAGCAGACUUAGAGGAGGAAUCACUUGAUCGUGUUAUGAACUCAACUUCAGGUUCUAGUCACGGCAUUGGUCCUGAUCGUGCGCCUUUGACUACAGCCAUUUCAGUUUCAUUGCAACGAGCAGCUGUUCACCAUGUUAUUCAGGCUAUUAAGUCUCUCAUGGUGACGCGACAACUAAUUUCUUCAGAAGAAGAAGUUGAGUGGCUUCCAACAUCAUCACUAGACAGGAAAUUGUGGAGUCUCGUUAUGCUUCUUGGUGAAUCAUAUCUUUCUCUGGGGGAAGCUUACCUAGAGGAUGGACAGUUGCCCCAAGCUCUGAAUAUUGUUGAGCUAGCUUGCUCCAUUUUUGGAUCAAUGCCUUACAAGUUUGAGGAGAGAUUGUUUGCAUCUGCCUUGUACACGUCUUUUUCACGGCUAACAACAUUUAAAACGCCAGGCCUUUCAACAACGCAAGGGGAGUUGGUGAACGAGCCAGUCCUUUCAACAACUCAAGAAUUUACAAGUUUCAGGGAAGUUUCAUCAGUACGUAUCUUUUGGGCUACGGUAUGGUUAAUUGUUGGUGAGAUUCAUGUGAGCUUGUUUGAAAACAAGCUCAAGAAGAAGUACAUACCUGAGGGGUCUGAAGUAGCAAAGAAAGAAGAAAUGCCGUCUGAGAUUGUAGAAGAAGUGGAGAAGCUCAAGAAGAAGUUAACGGCACAUAGUAAAAAAUGUAACUUAUGUUUGUUAGUAAAUUGCACUUGUGGCUCUCAGAGCAAGAAGAGCAGGGGCAGAGGUAAACCUGGUAGCAGUGGAAUAUUUAAAUUUCUCACCACGUCUAGGAAGGAUGAUCCAGAAAGCCACCUGUUGGCUGCAUUAGAGUGUUACCAACAAACUCAAAGAGCAUUAUUUCCAAGCGACGGCAAGGACUUACAAUCCCUUAGCAAAAAGAAAGCGUUGGUAUGGAAUGAAAUUGGUCAAUAUCUUAAUGACAUCAAGAAAUAUGCGGAAGCAGAGAAGGCAAUGACUAAUUCUAUUGAGGGAUUUAAGGAGAUUGGCGAGUAUGAGGGAGUUAUAUGUACCAUCGUAAACCUUGGUUUUAUCCGACAAGAGCAGGCCGGAGAAAAGAAAAGUACCCUGGCCCAGCUGCAGGAGCAACUAGUUCAGGAGCAACUAGCAACUAGGAUAGGACUAACUCGAGGCAAAGAUAAGGGAAUUCGGCAGCGGACUGCUGAAAAAGCUUACAAAGAAGCUUUGGAGGCUACAACGCUAGAUUACGUAACCUCACUUGGGUACUUUCUGACAGCAGAGAGAGAACUCGGUCUUUCCACAGAGAAGGGUAUUCCUAUUUCAGAAGAAAUGAGAACUCAAGUCUACAUACAGCUUGGUCAUGCAUAUCGGAUUCUUGGUGUUCAUUUGGAAGCAGCAGGCACAACCGCCGUUGCACCUCAUGUAUUAGAGAGCAAUUCUUACAGCAGUUAUGAUUCUUCUCCUGGUCGAUUAUCAGACAUUAGUGCUUUUAGAGGGGCACGGGAUUCGUUCAAAAUUCUCGGGGAAGUUGGUAAAGCUUUAUAUGCAAGCACUUCCAAAGAGUUAGCGUCGUGUCACCAUAAGUACUGCCUAGAGUUUUUGGAGAGUAUGGACAUUGAGAAAGCCAAGGAGCACGCUCUUUUGGCAGAUGAGAAUUAUCAGAGGUCAGUGGAUGGUGUAGGCCCUGAGAAUAAUCCCGCUGAGUUCCUGGAAAUCCUGUUUGAGGAUUCGGAUAUGUCCUUCCAGUUUAAAGAACAAUCAAACUUUUUUCAGAUGCUGGAGUUGGAUUUGUCUCGUUUUCUUGAAGGACGUCACAUUUCGAAAGAAGAUGAGAAAGAAUUAAAAGAGGAGCUUCUCUUGAAAUUUUGGGCCCGACUGAGAAAUACUCUGAGGAUUCUGCUGACUGAAUACUCAAAGUCGUCAGCAGGAGGAGCAAACAAGUCUGGAACACUGAAAGAGAUGUAUUCAGCAUCACUCAAGGCAACAAGCCUUAGUGACCUGAAUGGGAUGCAUGCAUUGUGGACAGCUCGAUCUUAAGGACACUCCAGGUCCAUGGUGUCCAUAUAUUAGUCUUCCUUAGGUCUUUUACUUAUUCGAUAUUGUGGUCACGUUUUUAACCUGAAGUUCGAAAUAUCUUCUACUUUGGUU